AUGGCGGAUCGUAUUAAAGGUCCAUGGAGUCCUGAAGAGGACGAGCAGCUUCGUAAGCUCGUGGUUAAAUACGGUCCGAGAAAUUGGACGGUGAUUAGCAAAUCCAUUCCCGGUAGAUCGGGAAAAUCGUGUCGGUUGCGGUGGUGCAACCAGCUUUCGCCACAGGUUGAGCACCGCCCGUUCUCGGCGGAGGAAGACGAGACGAUCGCGCGCGCGCACGCGCAGUUUGGUAAUAAAUGGGCGACUAUAGCUCGUCUUCUCAACGGUCGUACGGACAACGCGGUGAAGAAUCACUGGAACUCGACGCUCAAGAGGAAAUGCGGUGGUUUCUACGCUCCGGCGGAGGAUCAACGACCGGUGAAGCGAUCGGUGAGCGACGGUUAUCCUCCUGUUGCUAAUGGGCUUUAUAUGAGCCCAGGAAGCCCAACUGGAUCUGACGUCAGUGAUUCGAGCACACUCCCCGUUUUGCCCUCUGUUGAGGUUUUUAAACCUGUUCCACGUGCUGGUGGUGUUACGUUGCCGCUUCCCAUCGAAACGUCAUCGUUUUGUGAUGACCCAGCGACUUCGCUGAGCUUGUCGCUUCCUGGUGCUGACGUCAGCGAGGAGUCAAACCGUAGUCACGAGUCAACUAGUAACAACACUUUGAUGCGCCAUAACACCAACACGAUGUCGUUCAAGCAGUUCUCUGGCGGAUUUAGAGGUGCAAUUGAGGAUAUGGGCAGAUCGUUUGCGGGGAACGGCGUUGAGUUUAUGGCGGUUGUGCAGGAGAUGAUUAAGGCGGAGGUGAGGAGUUACAUGGCGGAGAUGCAGAGAAACCACAAUGGUGGUGGAUUCGUUGUCGGAGGAUUCAGGGAUAAAGGAAUGAUUCCGAUGAGUCAAAUUGGUGUUGGAAGAAUCGAGUAGACGAAUGUGAACUUAGGAACUGUUGUUACAUGAAAUCGUUAUGGAAGAAGAAAAGAAAAGACUGUUUUUUUCUUUCAACAUUUGGGAUUAGGCAUAAUAAUUUUGCGUUUUAAGAAAUGUAUAGAGGAAAUCGAGUGAGCGAUCUCGAUUCAUGAUUAAAUAUUUAAGUUUCUCGACAAUUCAAACAAAAUAGAAGAAGAAUUUUCUUA